AUGGAUCGAAGUUGGAUGAAAAGACCACGCAUAAGUGAAGAGUACGACAAUGGGGUUGAAGGUUUCUUAAAAUUUGCUAAAGAUAAUGCAUUUGACGUUGGUGGACUAUACUUCUGUCCUUGUCUUAAAUGUUUGAAUGGGCGACGACAAUGUUUGGAUGACAUUAGAACACACCUUAUAUGUGAUGGUAUCUGUCCUACUUAUACAAAAUGGAUAUGGCAUGGUGAGUUACCAGAAAUGUCAUCAACCCCUCCAACUGGUCCAGUUGAUGAACAAGUCGGUGAUUAUAUAGAAGACAUGCUACGUGAUCUUGGACAAGAGGGUUUUAGGCAAGCACAUGCACCGUAUUAUGACACCUUAGAUAAUGAUUCAAAGAUUCCAUUGUUUAUUGGAUGCACUAAGUACACACGAUUAUCAGUGGUGUUAGCUUUGGUCAAUUUGAAAGCAAGAUUUGGGUGGAGUGAAAAAAGCUUCAAUGAAUCACUGUUAUUAUUGAAGAAUAUGCUUCCUGGAGAUAACACGUUACCCAAGACUCAUUACGAGGAAAAGAAGAUAUUGUGUCCUGUUGGCAUGGAAUACCAAAAAAUACAUGCUUGCCGUAAUGAUUGCAUUUUGUAUAGACAUGAGUUUACUGAAUUGCGCAACUACCCUACAUGUGGGGUGUCACACUACAAAGUGAGUUUUGGCGCUUCCAGUGAAGUUGGAUCCACAUACAUUGAUGUCCUAUCAAAAGUGUGUUGGUAUCUUCCAGUAAUACCAAGGUUUAAGCGAUUAUUUGCUAAUGCAGAAGAUGUGAAGAACCUAACAUGGCAUGCUGAUGGCAGGACCAAAGAUGGAUUGCUCCGUCAUCCUGUUGAUUCUCCUCAAUGGAAGAAAGUUGAUGAGUUGUAUCCAGUGUUUGUCGAAGAUCCCAGAAACCUAAGGGUUGGUCUCGUGUCGGAUGGAAUGAAUCCAUUUGGAAGCUUAAGUUGCAAUCAUAGUUCAUGGCCUAUUUUGCUGAUCAUUUACAACAUGCCUCCUUGGUUGUGCAUCAAGCGGAAGUACAUAAUAAUGUCUAUGAUGAUAACCGAUUCAAGACAACAGGGAAAUGACAUUGAUGUGUAUCUUGCUCCCUUGAUUGAAGACCUCACUAAAUUUUGGGUAGAAGGGGUUGAUGUGUAUGACAGGAAUGCUCAUAAGUCCUUCAGGUUGCGUGCUAUGAUUUUCUGCACCAUUAAUAACUUUCCAGCAUUUGGGAAUUUGAGUGGAUAUAGUGUGAAAAGCCACCUCGCUUGUCCCAUUUGUGAGAAAGACACAAGUUACAUCCAAUUAAAGCAUGACAAAAAGACAGUAUAUACUAGACACUGUAGAUUUUUAAAACCUUUUCACCCAUAUAGGCAGCUGAAGAAAGCAUUUGAUAGGACAUCUGAGAUUGACAGUGCACCAAUUCCUUUGUCAGGUGUUGAAGUUUUCGAUCGUGUGAAGAACAUUUGCAAUAUCUAUGGGAAGACACACAAAAAAGAUGGCGCUCCCAAAAACAUUUGGAAGAAAAGGUUCAUCUUCUUUGAUCUGCCGUACUAG